GUUUUCUAGAAAAUCCGUAAUCACAGAUAGUUUAACAUAUUUUACCACUUUCAUCUGCUUGAUAUUGAGAAACUAAAAUGGCUGCCGCUUUAGUGCAACAACCUGAUUUCAGGCCGGAAACCUCACAAGCAUCUACUUUCAAAGAAGAGGCUACAACUAAAACAAACAUGUCCCGAUUAUCAACACCAAAACCAAUAAUGCAUUUAGGAUCAUCUACAGAGUUUCAUCGUCAGCCAAGCGCUGUGCCUAAAACUCCACUUAAACCGGGAACCGGUUACAGAUCAGGAACCGGAUUCAAACCAAAUACUUUUGGUAAACCAGGAACCAGUUUUAAACCUGGUACGUCAGGUUUUCGACCAGGAACUGGUGUCGAUGCUGUUAGUAGACCUAUGACAGCAGUUCGUGGGGCUGGCUACACUUCUCAUGGAAAACCAUUUGAUCCCUUGAACCAGGCUGCGUCCGUUCCUACACCUCCUUUGGAAUUACAAAAAGAUGAUUCGCCGGAAGAAAGAACCAAACAACAAGAAUAUAAAAUAAUGCAACUAAUAGAAGAAGCUUGUAUAGCUCAAAGUGAAGGCGAUGUUAGAAAAGCUCUUACAAAAGCAAAAGAGGCUUCUAAUAAAGAAAGGAAUUUAAUACGGUUACAAGAACAAUCUGGAGUAGGAGAAUAUAAUAUUGAUUUGACGUACGCGGUUCUGUUUACAUUGGCAAAUCAAUAUGCUGCUAACGAAUUAUAUGCUGAUGCUAUUAACUCAUAUCAGAUGAUAACAAAGAAUCGCAUGUUUGCUAAUGCUUACAGACUAAAAGUAAAUAUGGGAAAUAUAUAUUUCAAACAAGGACAAUAUCAAAUGGCCGUCAAAAUGUUUCGUAUGGCUUUGGAUCAAGUACCAUCAACUCAAAAAAACCUAAGGAUUAGAAUCAUGCAUAAUAUAGCAAUGGUGUUUAUAAAGAUGGGUCAAUGGGAAGAAGCAAUUGGUAGUUUAGAAUAUAUUAUGAAUGAGCAAGCAAGCCAUAGUGCUGGUUUACAUUUGGUAGUUUGUUCAAGAGCUUUAGAUGACAAAGAAAAAAUGCGUAGCUCUUUCUCCAUUCUGCUUUCCGUUCCACUCAAUCUUUACGAUGAAGAUAAAUAUAAUUUAGAGCAGGACUCCCCAGAAGAUGCUUUAAUAGCUUUAGCUAUUCAAGAUGAUGACCUUCAUAGAUAUGAAAUGAAAAAACGUAAAGAGGCAGAAUAUUGUAUACUUACCGCAGCUAAAUUAAUAGCACCCUUUAUUGAAGAUUCUUUUGGAAAAGGCUAUGAUUGGUGUGUGUCUGCUAUCAAGAAUUCCGAAUAUGGCAGAUUGGCGUCAGAUUUGGAAAUUAAUAAAGCAGUUAUGUUUUUGAAACAAAAACAGUUGCCUGAAGCAAUUGAAACACUAAAAAGUUUUGAAAAAGAAUCUGUCAUUGCUAUCAACGCAGCAGUUAAUCUAAGUUUUAUUUACUAUUUGCAAGGAGAUUAUGAUAAUGCUUUGAGAUAUGCAGAGGUAGUAGAAAAACAUAAUGCCCAAAGUCCCGAAGGUUAUGUCAAUUAUGGAGCUUGCUUAAUGGCAAAAGGAGAUCUAGCUGGAGCAAUUGAUUGUUUUCAAAAAUCUUUAAAUUAUGUUCCAACUUUUUUCGAAGCCAUAUUUAAUUUGGGUUUGUGUUUGAAGCAACAAGGACACUACAUAGAAGCAUUAUCCUGUUUUCAAAGAUUUUCUGGAUCUCUAGCUUUAUUACCUGCUGUUGUUUAUCAAGUAGCAAACCUGUUAGAAUUAAUCGGAGACAACGAAGCGGCAUCAGAUACUUAUCAACAACUACUUGGUUUAGUGCCAACUGAUGCCAAAGCUCUACAAAAAUUGGGUGAACUCUACGAUCAUGAGGGCGAUAAACAGCAAGCCCAUCAUUAUCACACUGAUUCCUACAGAUAUUAUCCAGCUAACUUGUCAGUAAUUGACUGGCUUGGUUCCUAUUACAUAGAAUUACAAGUUGUGGAGAAAGCACUUGUUUACUUCGAAAAAGCUGCAAUAAUGCAACCUCAAGAACCAAAAUGGAACAUGAUGGUAGCCGGUUGCCAUAGAAGAAGCGGAAACAUGCACAAGGCAUUGAAACUUUAUCAAGAAAUACAUAGGCAAUUUCCAGAAAAUUUGGAAUGCUUGAGAUUUUUGGUACGAUUAUGUGGCGAUCUUGGCAUGCGAGAGGCACAAGAAUAUUUGAUGGAAUUGAAAAAAUUGGAAAAAUCCAAAGAAGUUAGAGAAAGGGUUAAUAGUAGUAGACCAGGUUCGAGACGAACAAAUAGCGGUUUAUCUUCAAGUGCUGGUUCAGGUUUUAGUCCAGUACCUGAAAACGGGGUUCUAAAAUCUCCACCACAUUCUGGUAAUAAAAAUUUAAGAUCAUCCAGAUUAAUGCAAUCACAUAUUAGUGUAGGAAGUACUGACUCUGGAUUUGGACAAUCUGCAAUUGAUGCGAGUUACGUUGAUCCCCUAGGUCCGCGACCUAUGAGACCUCGGACUGGAGCUGGAAAACCUUUGGAUUUUGACGAUUUUGGAAAUGAAGAGCUAGGAGAUGAUUUACUACCAGAAUGAAUGAUAAUGUUUGAAUUUUUAAUCGUUGUAUUUAGUAUACUUUUUAUUUAUGGUUGCAAUAAACCUAAAUGUUAUGUAAA